AUGUCGUACUACGGUGAAGGACGUGGCUAUGGUCAAGGACAGUAUGGCCAAGGAGGCUAUGGCGGUCAACAACAAGGCUAUGGCGGUCAACAAGGAGGCUACCAACAACAAGGCUACGGCGGCGCUCCUCAAGUUCCACCACCCUGGAUAGCAGAAUGGGACUCUCGAGAGAACAGAUGGGGCUUUGUCAACCGCGAAACUGGAGAACGCACUCACCAACAUCCUCAAGAAGGUUACCGUGAGGGCGGAUACGGCAGUGGAAACUACAGCGGUGGAAAUUACGGUGGUAGUGGCGGCAGCUAUGGUCAAGAGUAUGGCGGACAAGAGUCGAGAGCGUACGGGCAACAGCCAGUGCAGAAAGAUCAUCACAACCGAAACAUGGCUCUCGGCAUAGCUGGCGGUGUGCUUGGCGGCGCUUUGUUGAUGCACGAAGGAGAGAAAGUCGAGAGAGAUUGGGAUCAGGACAAAGAUCGCCUCGAGUACGAUGCCCGUCGGGAUGAGAACGAUGUCGAGAACUUCCCUGACGAUGCUGCCAACUGGACUGGGAGAAAAGUUGGAGAAGUCGAAGACAUUCCACAAGAUAUCGAGCGAAAAUGGGACGAUGGCGUUCAAGACGUUGAAGAUAUUCCAGAGGACGUGGCGGGAUGGACUGGCCGUAAGGUCGGCGACGUUGAGCGAUUCGAUGACAAUGUUGACAACUCAUACGAUCAAGGCCGCGACGAUGCCCGUUACGACGAUAACUAUCGUGAUGACAACUACUGA